CUCCUCUGAACUUUAUAAUAUCACAGAAUGCCUCAUAAAAUUCGGCGUGUCGCAGUAGUUGGUGCUGGUCCAGCUGGCGCCAUUGCAACUGAUGCGCUUGUCAAGGAGGGAGCAUUCGAUACCAUCCGGGUAUUCGACCGCAGAUCUGCUGUUGGAGGAACUUGGAUUCAUACACCGCAUCUGCCACCAGGGAUUCCUUCCUUGGAGAGACUAGUUAGUGGAGAGGCUGACAAUGAGGUCACUAUUCCUGGGAAUCUACCAGCGGUUACAACAAUCUCUGAGGCAGUGAACAGCCAUCAACACCGAUUCUCAGACACCCCGAUCCAUGAGAAUCUUCACAGCAACAUUGCGCCUGAUAUCAUGAGUUACACUCAGGAGCCCUUUCCCAAGAAGCUCUCACAGAAGACUCUAGCUGAGUAUGGACCAGACUCACUGUUUCGACAUCACUCUGUUGUCCGUGAAUGGAUAGAGGGUAUAUUUUCUCGUGGUGGUCAUGACAAGUUGCUUGAGCUGGAAACGACAGUUGAGAGAGUCGAGAAAGAGAAUGGAGAGUGGGCUAUAACUCUUCGAAAAGUACUUAAAGGCCGAAACUACUGGUGGAGAGAGACAUUCGACGCGGUAGUUGUAGCAUCAGGCCAUUACAACGUACCCUGGUUUCCAAAGGUCGAAGGGCUGUUGGAAUUUGAUAGGAGGUUUCCUGGCGCGAUCCAUCAUAGCAAACACUUCAGAGAGGGAUCCAAGUAUAGAGGAAAGCGAGUUAUUGUGGUUGGAGCUUCGGUCUCCUCCAUCGAGAUCAUUCACGAGAUCCUGGAUGUCGUGGAUGGGCAGGUCUACGCCUCCAUAAGAGACCAGCCCAUUCCAGCCUUUGGAUGGGUUCCUUUCGAGCAUCCCAAGAUCGCCAUCAAGCCAGCCAUUCAACGCUUCGAUCCAGAGACUGGCCGUGUACACUUCACCGACGGGUCAUAUCUUGACAACAUAGACCAUAUAAUUUACGGGACUGGUUAUACCUUCAGUUUCCCUUUCAUCCCUGCGGUUCAGAAGCGUGUCAAGAAUGCCUAUCGUCGACUUCCUGGUGUAUAUCAGCAUACGUGGAAUAUUGAAGAUCCAACACUGACAUUCGUCGGAAUGCUUGGAGGAGGUUUCACAUUUCGAGCCUACGAGUGGCAAAGCGUAGCCAUCGCUCGUUUUCUUGCUAGUCGUGCGAAGGCACUGCCCUCUAUCCCGGAGCAACUGGAAUGGGAGCGGCAACGUGUGAAUGAGAAGAGAGGAGGAAAGGACUACUACUCUAUCGCGCCUGACUACGAAGGCUUCUUUGAGUAUCUAAGGAAUAUUGCUGGAGAGCCUGCCCAAGGGACCUAUGGACGCAAGUUGCCAGCAUUCGAUCCGCAGUGGUUGGUUAUCUGGGGUGACAUGGUGGCGCCGAGGUUGGAGAGCUGGAGACGAAAGAGAAACGAGGCUGAGAGCAAGCUGGAACUGAAGUCCAAGUUGUAGAUACUAGGUUGUACAUAUCGUGGAGACGGGAGUAGUGAUCCCAUUGAGCCGGUUUUGCUGGAGGCUGACUCUGUUCACGACAAUAUAUGAUAGUCUUCAAAGGCGACCACGAACAUACUUUCAGCAAUAGUUGGCUUAACAGUGAAAAUAGAUCAAGUGGAAAGGCAGUGAAGUUCGGGAUGCUUCACGAACACAGAGAUGUUCAUGUUGGUUACCGGACUUCAUCUGUGAAGAGGGUUGGUGUCAAAUAUUUACGUGCAUGUGGUUGCAAUGAUGAAUACAAAAAGAUGGAUUAGAUUAAGAAUCCGA